AUGACUGAUAGAGGAGCAGAGGCCGGCUUCGGUGCUAGUGACUUCGAAUCGAUUCAAGGAGCUCUUCUUCGAGCAAUAUUUUCCUUCUGUCAUUCAGAACGUGAAGGUAGCAUAGUUUCUGCAUUUGGUACAGGGGCAGAUGACCGUAUCCUAAACCAUCAAUACCAAUCACUCGCUUCUCAUUUUCACCUCUUACAUUUAGUGGAGAGUUUAGCGAAGGCCAUUGAAACUGGAUCCUGGGAUUAGUAAUCUGAUGCACUGGUUAAUGAAUUGAACAACCACUUUGACAACUACCAGCAGCUAUUGAACUCGAUAUCAAUAUCAAAUAACACAAAGGCCAUGACACUUGAAGGGCCAAAACGAAAGCUGGAGGAAAGUGAGCAAUUGUUAAAUCAAAGGAGAGAUCUGAUUGCAAAGUAUAGUAGCUCUGCUGAAGAGCUUAUCAAUUCUGAGCCAUAA